AAAAAAGCAAAAUUAGGGUUUUUACCUAAACCCGCGCGAGCCGCAGCUUGUGGUCACUACCUCACUCCGCUCUUCCACUCACUUCCGUCUCCCUCCGCUGAUGGCCGCCCCGGAAGAUUCGCUCCGUAAGGCUCUCGCCGACAAGCAGUCGGAGGUUGAAAGCCAGGGGAGCCAAGUGCGGGCUUUGAAGGACCGCAAGGCUGACAAGUCGGAAAUUGAUGCCGCCAUUGCAGCUCUGAAUGCGCUCAAGCUGGAGAAAGCUUCGAUCGAGAAGGACCUCCAGGCCACAUUGAGCAGCGGCGAAGGGUCCGGUAACAAGGAGGCGUUCCGUCAGGCGGUGUCGAAUACGCUUGAACGGCGUCUCUUCUACAUCAAGUCUUUCAACAUCUACGGUGGCGUUGCGGGAUUGUAUGACUACGGUCCGCCCGGUUGCGCCGUCAAGUCCAAUGUGCUAGCUUUUUGGCGGCAGCAUUUUGUUCUUGAGGAGAACAUGCUGGAAGUUGACUGCCCCUGUGUUACACCCGAGGUGGUUCUGAAGGCAUCUGGCCAUGUCGAAAAAUUCACUGAUCUUAUGGUGAAAGACGAGAAAACUGGGACUUGCUACCGAGCGGAUCACUUGCUGAAGGAUUUUUGUAAUGAUAAGCUUCAAAAGGAUCUCAACAUUACUGCAGAGAAGGCCAAGGAGCUUAAACAUAUACUUGCGGUGUUGGAUGAUCUCUCACCUGAAGAUCUAGGUGCAAAGAUUAAGGAGUUUGGUAUUACUGCCCCUGACACGAAGAAUCCUCUAUCUGAUCCUUAUCCUUUCAACCUGAUGUUUCAAACUUCAAUUGGUCCAUCUGGCUUGAUCCCUGGGUAUUUGCGUCCAGAAACUGCCCAAGGCAUAUUUGUGAAUUUUAAGGAUCUGUAUUAUUACAAUGGCAACAAACUUCCUUUCGCUGCAGCUCAAAUUGGGCAGGCCUUUAGAAAUGAGAUAUCUCCUCGCCAAGGCCUUCUGAGAGUUCGGGAAUUUACACUGGCAGAGAUUGAGCAUUUUGUAGAUCCCGAAGACAAAUCUCACCCAAAGUUCACAGAGGUUGCAGAGUUGGAGUUUUUGAUGUUCCCUAGGGAAUUGCAAAUGUCAGGGGAAUCUGCAAAGACAAUCCGUUUGGGUGAAUCAGUUGCUAAGGGAAUUGUCAACAAUGAAACUUUGGGCUACUUCAUUGGAAGAGUAUAUCUUUUCCUUACUCGUUUAGGUAUGGACAAGAAACGGUUAAGGUUCCGUCAGCACCUUGCAAAUGAAAUGGCUCACUAUGCUGCUGAUUGCUGGGAUGCUGAGAUUGAGAGUUCCUAUGGCUGGAUUGAGUGUGUUGGUAUAGCUGAUAGAUCUGCAUUUGACUUGCGUGCUCAUACAGAGAAAAGUGGUGAAGCUCUUGUGGCUCAUGAAAAAUAUCCAGAACCAAGAGAAGUAGAGGUAUUGGUCAUAACUCCAGUAAAGAAAGAGAUCGGCCUUGCAUUCAAGGGGAACCAAAAGAAUGUAAUUGAAGCGUUGGAGUCCAUGAAAGAACAAGAAGCUAUGGCACUGAAGGCUGAUUUAGAGUCUAAAGGGGAGGUGGAGUUUUACGUCUGCACUCUGGGGAAGAAUGUAAUCGUUAAGAAGAGUAUGGUAAAAAUUUCAAAGGAGAAAAAGAAAGAACACCAGAGAGUAUUCACGCCUUCUGUAAUUGAACCAUCUUUCGGUAUCGGCCGAAUUAUAUAUUGCCUCUUUGAGCACACGUACUACACGAGGCCUAGUAAAGCUGCUGAUCAACAGUUGAAUGUUUUUGGUUUCCCCCCACUUGUGGCACCCAUCAAGUGCACAGUUUUCCCUCUGGUUCAGAACCAUCAGUAUGAGGAUGUUGCUAAAGAAAUUUCCAAGUCAUUGACUGCUGCUGGAAUCUCGCAUAAAAUUGACAUUACAGGUACCUCGAUUGGGAAAAGAUAUGCUCGAACAGAUGAACUGGGUGUACCUUUUGCAAUCACGGUUGAUUCAACAUCAUCGGUGACACUGAGAGAGAGGGACAGCAAGGAUCAAAUCCGUGUUGAUGUGAAAGAGGCAGCAUCUGUGGUGAAGGAUGUAGCUGAGGGAGUGAGGAGCUGGGCUGAUGUGUGGGAGACUUUCCCCCAUCAUUCUUCUGCAUCUGCAGAUGAGUAGAUUUCGGGUGGAUUUAACACUACGUGGAUCCAAACAUACAAUACCGUUUUGUUGAGUUGGAAAUGUUAUUACUACACAAAGGCGACGACGUUGUUGAAGCACAGCCAACUAAUUGGAGAGAUGCUUGUUCUUAAAUUAUGUGUAGCAAGAGGCCGAAGCCUGAAUUUGACAUGCUACAAGUUUUGAUUUUUCAUAUUUUCUUCAUCAACUGGCAGCUUAGAACUUGGGUGAUCUACAUUACAUGAGUGCGGUAAUGUGCUUGAACCACUAAUUUACCAGUUUCAUGUAAUUAUUUU